AUGAGCAAGCUCCAAAUCAAGUCGCCCGUCCCUUCGGACAUCGAAAUUGCGCAAUCUGUCGACCCCGUGCCCGUCAAGCAGCUGGCCGACAGGUUGGGCAUCCUCGAGGAUGAGCUCGAUCUGUAUGGCAAGCACAAGGCCAAGGUUCAUCUUUCCGUUCUCGACCGCCUUAAGGACCAAGCGAAUGGCAAGUACGUCGUGGUGACCGGAAUCACCCCCACCCCUCUCGGUGAGGGCAAGUCCACGACCACCGUGGGUUUGGCGCAGAGCCUGGGCGCGCACCUCAACAAGAAGUGCUUUGCCUGUCUGAGGCAGCCCAGCCAGGGUCCCACCUUCGGCAUCAAGGGUGGCGCUGCUGGUGGCGGUUACUCCCAGGUCGUGCCCAUGGAGGAGUUCAACCUUCACCUCACCGGUGACAUCCACGCCAUCACCGCUGCGAACAACCUCAUGGCUGCGGCGAUCGACGCGCGCAUCUUCCACGAGGCCACGCAGAGCGACUCGGCCCUGUUCAAGCGCCUGUGCCCGGCCGACGUCAAGACCGGCAAGCGUGAGUUUGCCCCUCCCAUGCUCAGGCGGCUGCAGAGGCUCGGCAUCGACAAGACCGACCCCGACCAGCUCACCCCCGAGGAGGCCGCUCGCUUCUCGCGCCUCGAUCUCGACCUUUCCACCCUCACGUGGAACCGCGUGGUGGACACCAACGACAGGUUCCUGCGUGGCGUCACCGUCGGCACGGGCCCCGAGGAGAAGGGCAAGACCAGGGAGACUGGCUUCGAUCUGACCGUGGCCAGCGAGAUCAUGGCCAUCCUGGCCCUGACCAACGACGUUGCCGACAUGCGGGAGCGCCUGCAGCGCAUGGUGGUGGGCAGCAGCUCCAAGGGCGAGCCCAUCUGCGCUGACGACUACGGCGCGGCUGGUGCCCUGGCCGUGCUCAUGAAGGAUGCCAUCAUGCCCACGCUGAUGCAGACCCUCGAGGAGACCCCCGUGUUCGUGCACGCCGGCCCGUUCGCCAACAUCGCCCACGGCAACUCGUCCAUUCUGGCCGACAAGAUCGCGCUCAAGCUCGUCGGCGAAGACGGGUUCGUGGUGACCGAGGCCGGCUUCGGUUCCGAUAUCGGUGCUGAGAAGUUCAUGGACAUUAAGUGCCGCUACAGCGGCCUUACUCCCAACUGCGCUGUGCUCGUUGCCACCGUGAGAGCUCUCAAGAUGCACGGUGGUGGCCCUAACGUGGUGCCCGGUAACCCGCUUCCCCGUGAGUACGUCGAGGAGCACCUCGACCUCGUGGAGAAGGGCUGCUGCAACCUGGCCAAGCACAUCCAGAACAUGAAGGAGUUCGGCGUUUCGGUCGUGGUCGCCGUCAACAAGUUCGGCACCGACUCGGACUCGGAGAUCGACCUCGUGGUCAAGAAGGCCCUCGAGGCCGGCGCCGACGGAGCCUACCCGUGCACCCACUUCGCCCACGGCGGUGCGGGUAUCGCUGACCUGGCCAAGAGGGUCGUCGAGGUGUGCGAGAAGCCCAACGACUUCAAGUUCCUCUACCCCCUUGAUAUCAGCCUCAAGGAGAAGAUCGACAUCAUCGUCAAGAAGAUGUACGGCGGUGAUGGUGCUACCUACAGCGAGCAGGCCGAGAAGAAGCUGGCCACGUAUGAGAAGCAGGGCUUCGGCAACCUGCCCAUCUGCAUGUCCAAGACCCAUCUCUCCCUCAGCCAAGAUCCCAAGCUCAAGGGUGCGCCCACCGGCUUCACCAUCCACAUCCGCGACGUGAGAGCGUCCGUCGGUGCUGGCUUCAUCUACCCGCUCGUGGGCACCAUGAGCACCAUGCCCGGCCUGCCCACUCGUCCCGUGUUCUACGAGAUCGACCUGGACCCCGCGACCGGCAAGAUCCUCGGCCUCUCGUAA